CCAGCCCACUCAGCUGGUGGACCGUGGGGACGCGGCUUCCUUCCGAUGUGCUAAGCGUGGCCGGAAGUGCUGUUUUUUUUGUGGCUCCGGCUGUAAAGGGGCGGCGGUAGCGGCUUCGCUGGGCUUGCGGGGGUGCUGUGGUUCUCGCAGCUACGCAGGGAUUCAACUACCACCAUGUCAAGCAAAAAAGCCAAGACCAAGACCACCAAGAAGCGCCCUCAGCGCGCGACGUCCAAUGUCUUCGCCAUGUUCGACCAGUCGCAGAUCCAGGAGUUCAAGGAGGCCUUCAACAUGAUCGACCAGAACCGAGACGGCUUCAUCGACAAGGAGGACCUGCACGACAUGCUGGCCUCGCUGGGGAAAAACCCAACUGAUGAAUACCUGGACGCCAUGAUGAACGAGGCCCCGGGCCCCAUCAACUUCACCAUGUUCCUCACCAUGUUCGGCGAGAAGCUGAAUGGCACGGACCCGGAGGACGUGAUCAGGAACGCCUUCGCCUGCUUCGACGAGGAGGCCACAGGCACCAUCCAGGAGGAUUACCUGCGCGAGCUGCUCACCACCAUGGGCGACCGCUUCACGGACGAGGAGGUGGACGAGCUGUACCGAGAGGCGCCCAUCGACAAGAGGGGCAACUUCAACUACAUCGAGUUCACGCGCAUCCUCAAGCACGGGGCCAAGGACAAGGACGACUGAGCAGAGCUGCGAGUGCCCUCUGCACGCUCCUUGUUGCCACUUUGAGUAUUGCUGAGAUUCUUCUUAGAGCCUGUUGCAUGCCUGUAGCUUGACAGCUUUCGCCUCUUUGUUUUGUAUUUAUUCUCGGCCAUUUUGGGGCACUUGUAUCUUUAUAAUCAGACUGGAAGUGGGACUUUUUGUCAUUUUCAGAAUAGAAGAUCGGGUAAUUUAACUUACCGGUGGUCCUUUUCCCCCAUAACUGCAGUCUACAAAGAGUCAAUAUAUUUUUUCAGAGAAAGUUAUUCACUCAAUUUUUUCUGAACCAUAAUUAAACUUUAUGAUAAAA